GACGCCGCCUUCGAGCGACGCCGGAGAGAUCGGACACCGUCUCCGGGCGACGGCAGACAGACUGGACACCGUCUCCGGGCGACAUCAGACAGACUGGACACCGUCUCCGGGCGACAUCAGACAGACUGGACACCGUCUCCGGGCGACAUCAGACAGACUGGACACCGUCUCCGGGAACCGGGUAUGCCGCACCAGAAGUCGUUCCUGCUGAUCGUGUUGGUCGGGUGUGGCCUGUACUGGACGCUGAUGGCGCCCGUCGGCUGGCCGGUCAGCGGACCCGGCGACGGUGACCUGCCCCCGGAGCUCAGCCUGCCGCCGCCCGUGCCGGGCACGACGGACGAGGAGGCCGCCUACCUGCACGCGCUGGACACCAUCGCGCGGUACCGGCUGGAUGUGGACGACUUCGGCUGUCCGCUGGGAGCGAUGGUGACCGCCGGUUUCGGCGGCCGGCUGGGCAACGUGCUGGCCGAGUACGCCACGCUCUGGGGCUACGCGCGCCGCUUCGGUCUGCGCGCCUGCCUGCCGCCGCUGCCGGCCUUCUGCGACGUCCGCUUCCUGCAGUGCACCAUGCGCCGCGACAACUGCCGCCGCCUGCCGCGCAAGGCGGCGCGCAACAUCUGGAUCGAGCGCUACGCUAACGUGCCGUUGCUCUACGACGCGCUGCCGGCGGCGGUACGCCGCGAGGCCGCGCUGACGCUCCGUCGGCUCCGACGCGGCCUCGUCGGCAACGUCACCGUCGUCGGCGUGCACGUGCGGCGGACCGACUACGACGCGUGGCUGCAGCGGCGCGUGCGCGGACGUCUGCUCGGGCCUGGCUACUUCCGCCGUGCCAUGGACCUCCUCCGGCGCCGCCAUGGCCGCUGUCUGUUCGUCGUCGUGAGCGACGACAUGCGCUGGUGCGAGGAGCACCUCCUCGCGGGGGACGUGCGGAUGGCGGGGAGCGGGAACGUUGGCAGCCCCGUGUCCGACAUGGCGCUGCUGGGGGCGUGCGACCACGCCGUGCUCUCGUACGGCACGUUCGGCUUCUUCGCGGCCUACCUCUCCGGCGGGGAAAUGGUAGUGCCGGCGAACUUCAGCGAGAUGGAGCUGCCGUUGACUGAGCAGCUCAAGCAUGUGAAAAACUUGCCGAUCACUUUCAUUAAUAUGAACCAAACGAAUAAAUAA